GGUACCAGGAAGGGGAGGCAUAGGAAGAAGGACACAGGAGAGGAGGAGCGGGUGAAAGGACGCAGCGCAUUACCACUACUUAAAAAGCCUGUCACCACUGCUGCCUACUCCCCACCACGGUUCUCCCUCUACCCCUCCCGCUCCUACCCCCUUCUCCCUCCCCCUCCUCCAUCAUUCCCACCCAUUCCUCCCUCCCGCUCCUCCCCUCUCCUCCCUCCCUCUUCACCGUCUCUCCCCCUUCCCAUUCCAUCCCCUUCCUCCCUCCCGUUUCUCAGUGCCUACUUUUCACCCCACCCCCUCCACGCCCCUUCCUCUGACUCCCACCCCUCCGUGCUCCCUCACCGGCACACAGUAUCCGAUCCAUCCUCCUACAUGUUUCUUUUCCUCUACUUCGCUCACAGCUCCACCGUGCUCUACCUCAGUAUCCUUUGGAUUUCUGCCGCUGUGGUUUCAUCUCCCAAGCCUCGCAUCUCAAUUUAG